AACUUGUCAUUGCUAUUUGCUGUGUUGUUAACAACAGAGCACAUUUUAAAGACAAAAUAAAUAUAUUUGCGAAAAUAAAUAAAUAAAACCAACAACUCCAACGAUUUUUUCUAUAUAUAUAUGUAAGUCUAUACACUUUCCAUCUUCAUCUCCGUCAACCUCUCUCGUAAUAAACUCUCUCAUUUCAACCCCAACCCCAUUUCACUCUACUUCUCUGCCCCUCGGUUUCAUCGCCAUAAGCCUAUACAUACAUACAUACAUACAUACAUAUACAUUACACCUGUUAAAGCCUAACCUCUCUUGUAUAACCCUUUUAUUUAUAAACCUCAUUUUACUUGCUACCUGGGGCAUUUUCGGUUUCUGGGUUGCUCUAUCUCUUCAUUUUUUUUUUCAAGCAUAACACAAUAACUUUGGUGCAAAGGAAAGAAAGUAGUGGAAACUUAUUGUGCUUAACUUCAUUUGUGCAGUUCUCAGAAUGGCUACCACAGCAUUUCAUCAAACCAUUGGGACCUUCCAAUCUCAUGGACACAUUAAUAAGCCUGGGAUUCGUAAAGAGAUUGGUGAUGUUGCUAUGAGAUUACCACUAAAGAGUUUCAAGCUCGAACUUGGACUGUCGAAAAGAGCAUGUUUCUCAAGAAACCUUGGGGUCAUUAAAUCCUCUGCUUCUCAAUCUUCUGUGGCUGAUCAAGUUUUGUCUCCCUCAAACAAAAACACCAGUGAACCUCGGAAGAAAUCUAAGGAGGCAGCUUUGAUUCUGAUUCGACAUGGCGAGUCCUUGUGGAACGAAAAGAACUUGUUCACGGGUUGUGUCGAUGUACCACUGACCAAAAAGGGUGUGGAAGAGGCCAUUGAAGCUGGCAAAAGAAUCAGUAACAUACCUAUUGACAUGAUCUAUACAUCUGCACUAAUUCGAGCUCAGAUGACUGCUAUGCUUGCUAUGACCCAACAUCGUCGUAAAAAGGUGCCUAUUGUUAUACAUAAUGAGAGUGAGCAAGCAAGAAAGUGGAGUGAAAUUUUUAGUGAAGAUACCAAAAAGCAGUCAAUUCCAGUCGUGCAAGCUUGGCAAUUGAAUGAAAGAAUGUAUGGGGACUUACAGGGGCUUAAUAAACAGGAAACGGCUGAUAGAUAUGGGAAGGAACAAGUUCAUGAGUGGCGUAGGAGUUACGACAUACCACCUCCAAAUGGCGAGAGCUUGGAAAUGUGUGCUGAAAGAGCAGUUGCUUAUUUCAAAGAAGAAAUUGAACCGCAACUUCUAACUGGAAAAAAUGUGAUGAUUGCUGCUCAUGGGAACUCAUUGAGGUCCAUCAUUAUGUACCUUGACAAACUAACUUCCCAAGAGGUUAUUAGUUUAGAACUAUCAACCGGAAUACCAAUGCUUUACAUUUUCAAAGAGGGAAGAUUCAUCAGAAGGGGAAGUCCAGUUGCACCUUCUGAGGCCGGUGUCUAUGCCUAUACCAGGACUUUGGCCCUUUACAGACAGAAAUUAGAUGAAAUGUUCACAUAAUGUGUUGUUUCAGCAUAAGGGGUGUGUCAUCAUCAAUUACUGGUUCUUGUGCUUCUCACCAAAGAAAUAGUACAAGUCAUAUUAGUUCUUCGGCUUUAGAUCCAAUAUUGGUGUUAAUACCCUCUCUUGUGUAAGAAAGUUGCUGUAGUAACAAAAAGUGUUCAUUCACAGUUCACAGUGAGAAGAUCAGCAAAAUCUGGUUACUUCUACGCGUGCUGUUUUGAGCACACCAUGCAACCAGUUUUGUUGGUUAUUUUAGGUACUUGUAUUGUAGUAGACGUGUGAAAUAUUUUUAUGCUUAAACAUUUGUAAAGCUCAUAUGUUAAUGUUAUGUUCCAGACUAGACCCUGUAAUUGUACGGCCUAUCCAUUUUUCUCCUUCUUUUUUCUCUCAAUGAUGAAGCCUCUAGAAGUCAAAUAAGUCCUUUUUCCCAUAUUUAUUAUUAUGAUGUUAUAUGGAGAAAUUCUAUGGCAUGUAUGGAAUAAUAUUUUCUUAGUAUCAAACGUUCAUGAAUCAUUAAUAUCAAAA